CUCAAACUCGAUAACAAUGGCUUUCUCCAAUUCCUUUUCCAUUUAUCUCGUCCUUCUCAUAGUAAUAGCAGUAAUAGUCAACGGUGGCGGUGUUGACGCAACUCGAUCAUCAAGAAGAGUUGCGCCACGUUCUAACUGCAUCUCCUCUUUGAUCUCAAAGCAACUCUUCGAUAGUUUAUUUCUUCACAAGGACGACGCUGCAUGUCCAGCUAAAAACUUCUACUCCUACGACUCCUUCCUUACAGCCACCAAGAGUUUUCCUUCUUUCGGCUCCGCCGGACCCUUACUCACCCGCAAGCGCGAAAUCGCAGCCUUUCUCGCUCAGGUCUCCCACGAGACCACUGGCGGCUGGGCCACCGCCCCCGACGGCCCCUACUCGUGGGGUUUGUGUUUCAAGGAAGAGGUGAGCCCCGGCAGCAACUACUGCGACUCCGACAACACCCAAUGGCCCUGCUACCCCGGCAAGUCUUACAAGGGCCGUGGACCAAUUCAACUCUCUUGGAACUACAAUUAUGGUCCCGCCGGUAAGGCUUUGGGCUUCGACGGGUUAAAGAACCCGGAAGUGGUUGCUAAUAACUCCGUCAUUGCUUUUAAGACUGCCCUUUGGUUCUGGACGACCCCCCAGAGCCCGAAGCCGUCUUGUCACGACGUCAUGGUCGGGAAAUACGUGCCCACCUUGGCUGACGUCGCGGCUAACCGGACGGCGGGGUUCGGGCUGGUGACUAAUAUCAUAAAUGGAGGACUCGAGUGUGGGAUAGUGAACGAUGGCCGGGUGAACGAUAGGAUUGGGUUCUUUAAAAGAUAUACGGAGGUCUUCGGAGUUGAUACCGGGCCUAAUCUAGACUGUGAACAUCAGAAGCCUUUUGCUUAAUUGAUGAAUUUAUUUAUAUAUAUAUAUAUAUAUCAUUUUCAAAUAUUUAAGCAAAAACAAAUGUCAUAGAUAUUUAAACAAUAAGUUUGGUCAAUGUUGUUGUUACUUUUUGUUUUCAUUUUUAAAACAAUCUAAAUAGAUUGUGUAAUCAAGUUGAAAUGAAAGGGGUCAAAAAAGGUUUUCAUUUUUAUUUUAUAUAAAGUUCAAAAUGGGCUACUACUCUA